CGUUGAGUCGUUUCUCCUCACGCGGCUGAAUAUGCAUGAUUCCACCUCACCCCACAUGGCGCAGCGUGUUCGAAUCCGGGGAGACUGGAGACACGUAUAUAGUGUCGUUGUUGGCAGCCACACCGCCCGCGUCAAAUCUGCAUGAUAUUGUCAACCUGAAUCGAACAUAACCUCUUGUAAUAUCUCCCUGACUGUCAAGACCAUCGAUAGAAACUCCAGACAUUGACUAUGUGUAUCGCCAUCCUCACCACCGCGCAUCCCGACUAUCCAUUCAUCCUGCUGAACAACCGCGAUGAAUACCUCCACCGUCCAACUGCUGAAGCAACAUGGUGGCCAUCGCCCGACUCUCAGGUCCUAGGAGGGUAUGACCUGCACCGCCCAGCCCACGGCACCUGGCUCGGUAUGACCCGUCAAGGCCGCAUCGCAGUGCUCACCAACUACCGCGAGGAGAACCAGGCCAUCAUCCAAGGCGCACGGAGUCGAGGAUUAAUUCCAAAUGCUUGGUUGAAGAGCAAGCCGAACUCGAAUCAGACGUCAAGUGACUUUGCGCGCCAGAUGAUUGAAGAGGAUGGUGUUCAGGGCGUUGGAGGGUUCUCGUUGUGCUACGGAUUUGUGCAGGAUGUUGCAAAGGGUGAGGGGCUGGUGAUUGUCAGUAAUCGCACGCCGGAUGUGGAUGGUGUGGUUCACAUACUACGCAAGAAGGACGAGACGACUGCGCUCAGCAAUGCGGCGUAUGGCGACACAACAUGGCCGAAGGUCAACAAUGGCGAGAAGUGGACCGAAGAGGCAAUCAAGGCGUCGGUUGCUGCGCAUGAGACGCGCGACCAGCUUGUCGAGCGCUUGCUGGGCGUGCUCUCCGUCGACACUAUGGCGAGACAGAAAGAAAACGAGGAAUGGGACAUGUAUCUCACGCAGUUGCGGCACAGUGUGUUCAUCUCUGCGAUCGGGCGAGACCACCUAGAGCUACAUAAGAUGCCGAGCCACGAGGUUGGAGACGUGGUCAAGAACAAGGCGCCAGAUGCAACGAGUGGGUGCUAUGGCACCGAGAAGCAGGCGGUGAUUCUUGUUGACAAACAGGGAAAGGCGUUCUACCUGGAACGCACGCUCUUCGAUAGCGAUGCCCAGCCUGUGGCUAGGGGCGAAGGUGACCGCACUUUUGAGUUCCAGAUUGAGGGCUGGUGAAGAGUAGCACCAACUGCAGCGAGCACUGCGCGAGACUUUAGCAUCAUCGGAACAGAAGAACACGGUAGAAGUGUUACCUCACCCAUUUAAUGUUCUUGACACGAGGUUGGUGACUGACUCACGGUGGGCGAGCGGCGGAGAACAUAGACGGUAUGCCCACAGUCGACAAGACUGAUACUGUAGGGUUUGGUCAAUAUAUAUGAGCCAUCUGAGCGAGGUGUGGGUGUUAAAGCUGUGAUUUCGAAUGUUGGUCGAUGGCAAACAACGAGCGCGGAAGGAAGACAUGACUGCCUCCAAAUAAAC